CGGAAAGUGCUCCGACGUAUCAUGUGAUUUGCUCCUGCUGGCACCCUGUUUGCCAGAGCUUCUGUGUCAAAAUAAUAAUAAGUUAGACAGGACGGUUGCUGAAGGGAGCGUUUGACUCGGCAACAACUCUACAAGAUGCAGAACGUCAUAAACACAGUGAAAGGCACGGCCCUCGGUGUGGCUGAGUUUCUCACUCCGGUGCUGAAGGAAUCGAAAUUCAAAGAGACUGGAGUCAUCACACCAGAGGAGUUUGUAGCAGCUGGAGAUCACCUGGUUCACCACUGCCCCACGUGGAAAUGGGCCUGUGGGGAAGAAGUUAAGGUGAAGCCAUAUUUGCCUCAGGAUAAACAGUUUCUCCUGACACGCAAUGUUCCCUGCUACAAGCGCUGUAAACAGAUGGAGUAUUCAGAUGAGCUGGAAGCCAUCAUAGAGGAGGAUGAUGGAGACGGGGGCUGGGUAGACACUUAUCACAACUCAGCAGGUGUAUCAGGAAUCACAGAUGCUGUACGAGAAAUUUCACUGGACAACAAUAAGGACAAGAAUAUGAAUGCUACAUCUGCAGCGUGUUGUGAUGAUGAUGAUGAUGAAGAUGACGAUGAAGAUGGAGAAGCAGCAGAUAUGGAAGAAUAUGAAGAAAGUGGUCUAUUGGAAACAGAUGAGGCAACCCUGGACACCAGCAAAAUGGUAGAAACUAAAGCCAAAGCAGAGCCUGGGAGUGAAGAUGCCAUCCUACAGACUAGAACAUAUGACCUGUACAUUACAUAUGAUAAAUACUACCAGACUCCUCGACUUUGGCUGUUUGGAUACGAUGAGGACAGACAACCGUUGACUGUAGAACAGAUGUAUGAGGACAUCAGCCAGGAUCACGUGAAGAAGACGGUCACCAUUGAGAAUCACCCACACCUUCCUCCACCUGCCAUGUGCUCUGUCCACCCCUGCAGACAUGCUGAAGUGAUGAAAAAAAUCAUUGAGACAGUGGCAGAAGGAGGAGGAGAGCUUGGAGUGCAUAUGUAUCUUCUGAUUUUCCUCAAGUUUGUCCAGGCUGUCAUUCCCACAAUAGAAUACGACUACACAAGACACUUCACCAUGUAGCUUCAUUUGUGUAAAUCUGCCUCUGCUAAUACAACAUGUGUACAUGUGUAAGAUCUGUUCUCCCUCUAUGCUGGUCUGAAUACAACCAGUUUGUGGAAUGUUUGUGUUACUCUGAGACUCUUUGCAUGGCUGCAGGACAUUGGGAAUGUUUGAGGUAUGUGACAAAACUGUCUGUAAAGGAACAGUCUGACUUAUUUGGAAACAGGUUUGUUUUUCAUGAACUCAGAGUUGAGAUCUUACUUUGUGUGCAUCCCGUACAGAGUUGAAUGUGUUUAACUGACUGCUAAGAUCUAAAAGAAAUACUUAACCUGUGGAAAAUACAUUUUUAACUAGUUAGCUAGGUAACAAAACCAACACCAACAACAGCAUCAACAAUUUGAUGGACAAAGCAACAUUUAGCCCUCUCAUAAUACUUCAAGUCCUUUUGCCAAGCUAGGUUAACGACAUCUGGGAAAUAUCUCGGGGAGGGGGGGAGUAACACUUCAAACAAGACCUACAUUCCAAAUGUUGGAUUGUACCUCUACAUUUUCUCUACACGUUUAAUAUGUCGACAAACUCAUAAAGUUCUUGAUGCAGUUAUAAAAACUCACCCCAUUCCACACUGCUUCACUGCUUCAAAUGUAAGAAAAUUAAUUAAAUCUGGUUGUGCAAAGUUUUAUCCCUUUGACUUUGUAAGAGCAAUGUUGGUUUUUAAAAGAAGGUCCUGUUCAAUAAAUGACUGAAAA